GUUUGCUCGUCGCGCGUUGAUGACGUCGCUGCAGCAGCAUUAGUAAAGGCUGCAGUUUGAGCAUCGGAACAGUUUAUUUCUGACUAAAGACAGCUUUAACUGCACACAGAAGGUGAGUAUACCCGCACUUUUAAUAUUCGUUUAACUGUCUGUGUGAAUAUUUCUCCUCUUAACUGUAAAUUAAUGGCUUUAUAAGUUCUCUGUAUCACAAAACGGAUUCAGAAAGUGAAAACCCAAACAUAAACUGCACGUUACAGUAGAAUUAAUCAACCAUUUCAAUGCAAAGAAACGGCGACAGCUGCUGCAUUUAUGAGCGUAAAGAGUCGUUUAAUAUGUCUAGAAAUAACACACUUCAAUAACAUGACGAUCACGGUGAUGCAUUUUUAUUUAGCUCAGUUUUAAAUGCGUCGGUUCAUAGUUUAAUCUGUAAUUUCUGUUCAUUCCUAAUUUACUUGAGCCAUAUGCCAAGUGUCCAAAGGAAAACGACCAAACCAAAACAAUAUGGCUUUCAGUGCAUAUUUAUCAUACGGAUAAAGUAUAAUGAUGUAACCAUGGUUACCAGGUUUGCUGCACAACUUUCUGUAUUAUUGUUUUGAAGUUACACUUUACUGAGUGCACAGAAGAUUUCAUAUGGACACAAUAUGAAACAGUAUCUUUAUAAAGUUAAACACGUCAGUAUAGUCUUUGUUACUAAAUUAUGUCCCAGGUCUGUUACACAAGAUCUGUUAUUCAAGUUUAAAGUGACAAGCAUGUCAUAGCAUAUUUUAGAAACAGCGAUGACAGUUUGAUAUGUUUUUAGUCCUAUAAAACAACAAGAUUUUAUCCUGUGAUGCCAUCAAUGUGUCAGCAGCAAACUUUUAUAAGUGCAGUGUUGCUCAAACCUGUUUUUUGGAUCUGUUGCUUAUACAUAUUUCUAUUAUUGACGUUUAAAGCAAACUUAAUGCACAAAAACUGAAUCGGGUGAGUUCAUAUUAAUUGGCAAGAAAGUUAACUUGCUAUUUUUCACGGUUAUUCUUGUAGUGAUUUAGUCUACAAUAUGUUUUGAAGUUGUGAUUAAUGCUCAUAAAGUGACAUCCUAAAGUUGCUUUUGCCAAACUGACAGUUCAAAACUAAAAAUUUUGUAUUCCCUACACUGACAAAAAGCAGCAAAAUACUCAGUUCAAGAAACCUGAACCAGCAGAUAUUCUACAAACGUCAAACUAAACCCAUUUUUUUGGUCUAAAAAGUUUAGAAAACUAUAAACUUGACUACACCAGAUAUUUACCUAAAACAUGAGGUGACAGCUGUGAUAACUCGAUAUGACAUUCCUCUGAGGUCAAACAGAAUAAAAAUGUCUUGAGGAUGACAGGAAGAUAAAAGCUACAGACAUAAUCUGUUCAGGACCAUCUAUCAGUAUAUAAUCUUUAUAUACAUGCCCAUUUAUUUGAACUUUUAUGGUCAUCGUAAAACAAAACAAGCCAGACUGAUUAUACACCAUAUGGUAUCUAUCUACAAAAACAAGGUAUAAGUAUUAAAUAUAAAAACAUAAAUCGGCAGUAAGUUGCCUGUUUUUCUAACUGAAUGUAGGUGUUUGUGACUAACUGCAGAUGCCAGUUUUAAUAAUGUUACAGAAGGUUUUUAUUUCAUCAUUCUUACAGCAGCUGAUUUGAUUGACAGGCAUCCAACUUGGAGGUGUAAAGGGGGGGUGAAAAACUCCUGCUCAUCCUGACUGCAUAUGCAUUUCUCUCCUAUUAGAUGACAUUUCAGCCCUCAGGCCUUUUUCAAGAUCAGCAAACAUGACAGGCACACGACUUGAAACACAGGCCAGCUGCAUGAAUCAAAAUGACCCUGUGUAGUCUUUUGUUAUGAUCAAAAAUAGCAUCAGUCUCCAGUCACUGAGGAUUUCUUAUCCAAGUAUUAAGCCGGCUGGCAUGUGGAGUAUUUUUCAAAGCUGCUUAAACACACAACAGAGGAAUAAGAAGCUAAUGAAAGCAGCAUUUCACAAACUUAUUUGGAUAUUUAUAUUAUCGAUGCAGUACAAGUGCGUCAUACUUUACAGUUGCAGAGUAAAUCUUUGCUUUUUGCAUGUCAUCUAAACUCUAUCAGAAGUGCGUUAAAAGUGACUUUGGUAAGUACAAUCUAGUUUAAAUGAAUCAUGUAUGAUAUAUUAUUUAUUCUAGUUUUUUCAGGUGAUUUUUAAUUCUUUUAGCUCAAAGUGAAUACUGAAAAGGUUGAGCUUUAUUUUUCAAUAUAGUCGGAUGCUCCUGCAGGCAGAUACUGGGGCCAUAAGGUGAUGUGAGAACUGCUGUGAAGCCAAACAAUAAAUUACAUUAUCAGCAUUAACUUCCCGUCUGUUUGAAAUUAGUAUAAAAGACAGAACAUAUAAAGUAGAUAUUGGGGAUCAGAAAUGAAAAUGUGUAAAUUCAUUAUUUCGUGCAAAUUACAGUCUAAUCUAAACAGGGUUAUCUCAGCUAGCUACAUGUUUUAGGUGAAUUGUUAAUGAAUUGAUUAAAAAAAAAAGUGCAUUUGGUUAUGCUACAUAUUUCACGACAUGUCCCUUCAAUUUCAGGUGCACUACGUAACUGCAUUACUCUAUACAACAUGACGGAAAUCAUAUGAAACCAUUAACUUUUAGAUUCAACAUGGCUUUAUUGGGGAUGGAAAAACUCAGAAAAUUAUGAUGGCGAUAUCGACCUUGAGAGGGUCAAUGCUGAUAACGUCAAAGGACCAAUUCAUCCCCAGAAUAUACUGCAAUAUUUGAAAUCUAACCAACUUUUCAUCCAGAGUAAGGAGUCCAGCUGGGGAUUUUCUCGAACAGCGAGCUUCUCAAGAAAGUGAAAUGACCAAAUGUAAUCUUUAGUUUCAGUUAAAAUUUGCAUACUCUUCCUUUGAUGACACACAAUCGCCCAAAUAGGUUUGUGUGCUGACAUGUUCAGUAUUUCCAGAGCAUCAAGUUGUUGCAGAAACGAGUUUCAGGUGUGUGGAUGAGGCAUGGUUUCCUCAGUAAAUCAUUAAUUUAAAGUAAAGGUGGUGUCUUGGUUGCCCUUUAUCUUUUAUAACCUCUAUCAUACAAUAAGCAACAGAAGCAGAUGCAGUAUUUUGAUUGGUAAUGCUUGAUAUGGUUUUACAAUAAGAUAAAUUAAGAUAAACAGUUCUUAUGCGCAUGUGUUUCUAACAGCUAAUUUUCAUCUUGAUCGACCUUUAAAGCUUCUAACAGAGUGUGAGAUCUUUAAGUCUUUAUCUUAAACUUUUUUUCUUAUUCAAUGAGCUAAAAUGACAAAAAAGAGUUACAAAGAGAGAACAGUGGGGUCUAAAUUUUAGUUACUCGCUGAUAUUUCAGUAUUUACACACACUGAAGAAAAGUGAUGAUUAACCUUACCGACACUGUUUGCAAAAUUCAAAAACCUGUAAUAUCAGCCCCUCCAGCAACUCAAGCUAGUCUUAUAUUAAAACAAGCUCUUCCCUCUUCAUUAAAGCAGUCAGUGUUUACUGUAAGCUAACAUAAGCUAGCACAAAUUUGUUUCGUGUCAACAUUUACCGUCUUUUCUGCCAAGAGGAUGCCUUUGAGUGUCUCUUUAGUUCAGUUUUGUGUCCUGCAGCACAGUUCUUCCCUUCAAAGUACUGACAGGGUUUCACCAAUGAAUGAACUGUGCCUUUGUUGGCUUAUGUCGCUGAUUACAAACUGCGCCUGUGUCGGAUGAAAAGCAGUGGUUGGAGAUGUGCCAGUGCGGACAAUAUGUGUCUUUUUUUCUUAACAAUAAAAAGCUCCAAUUAAUGUCCUAAGCUGGUGACUCUUCACAUUCGAUAUUUUUCAUCCUAUUGUGUAUGCAAAAUUGAAGCCAUCAUAGAAAGCAGCUCAUUUAGUUAUGAGGCCAAAGACUAGAAGUAAAAUAAAUGUCUUUUCACACUUUUUUGGUGAUUCUCUCAUGCAGGUGCGGCAGGUAAUUGGUGUCUCUAAAUUGGCCUCGGGUGCAAACGUGAGGUCUCUCUGCUCUGUCAGGUGUUCUUACUGUCUUUAAACCUCGACAGCCUCCAGGCUUAAACGUCGGGAAUCUUAUUAAUGCUUUUGUAAAAUGCUUUUUUAACUACAGCUGCAGCAGAGCAGCUCAAAUGAAAGUAAAAUAAGUUAUCUUUUCUCCAAUUGUUGCUAUCUGUUCCACGUGAGUAAACUUUUCAUUGUCUCGACACAGUGGUAAAAAUGAGGAGCUCUCGGCUCCUUGUACAUGCCGAAUCUACAAGUGUUUGCCGUUGUGUAACUGUUGGUAUAAAUAGAAAUUUGAAUCAAUAGCAGCAUCUGAGAGUUUUGAGCUGCGCUGCCUAUCUGCUCUUCAAUCUGAGGAAACCGUGGCUCUUCCCUAACUGAUGCGUGGGAGGAGAGGAAUUAGUGCGAACUGUAAAUCACUUCUCUUUUAUUCUUCCUCAUGUCAUCUCAACAGUAUUUGAUUUCAGCGGGGAAUAAAUCAAAAUAAGGAAGUAAGACGCUGUCAAAGUGCUCUUUCAUUGUGACUAAAGAGCACUAAGCCUGUCUCAAAUGACACUAAAAUCAAUGUAACCGCAACCACAUGCCAGACAUCCUCUUUUUUUGCGAUGUGAUUUGUCUCUAAAUUUGGUCAAUGUUUUCCUCACAGGAGAUGUCAUCUUUGUGUGGCACCAGCAACGGCUGCCAGGACGCAGGUCAAGAGGUCGCAGAGAAACAGGCAAGCUGAACAUGACAGAGUAUUACCAGAGCUGAAUAUAUAUGAAAGGAUGCUUUAAACACACAACACACUUUAUACCCAUUUCUUUAUACUGAUUUAUCAGAAGCUGCUAUUAGGUUUGCAUUAACAGUGUAUAAAAUGAACAGUUCCUAUCAUCGACCAGAUAAAAUUACAAGGACAUAAUAUCAGAUGAGUCUUUUCUAUAUUUUUUUCAAGUCGCAAACCAAAACUGCAUUAGUCUGUUUAUCCAUGCCUUUUCAUUUCACUGAAAGCCUCAAGAGCUCUUACACAUAAACCUUUAUGAACAGGUGGCAUGGGCCCAGAUUGAAAUCUGACCUGCUAAUCUAGGUGCAAAUUCUCAAACUGUGAUUUAGAGAAGUGGGACUUCAGCUUAAAUCAACUAUUUAAACUGUGAUGUGAUUGGAUGGUAGUAGUUUUAUUUGAGUUUCAAUGUUGUUCAUCUUCUUUUUUUUAGUUUCCUGAACUGCAAAAUAAUCUUUGCACAUUUAUUUUCGGGACCAAAUGCUCAGAAAAGGAAUCAGUCUUCAAAAAUCGCACUCACUUUCCUGCCCACAGCUUAAUUGUAAAAGAUGCAUCUGCCAACGAGGCUAACAUGAACGAAAGUAUUAUUUUAACAGACCAUGUUCUGGAGUUUUGUUGCAAUUUGUCUUCAGACAAGCCUCCUCUUGAGUCCUUUAAGAGGAAAGCUUUGAUCAUUUAAAUGUCGCCAUGCUGGAUUCAAGCAUCUGUGUGGUACUCAGAUUUUGGUGGUUGGAGUGGACAAGAUUAGUGCUGACAGAAAGGGUAAAAAAAUUAUCUUCAUUCAUGUGUGCACACACACUUCAUGCCAACCCUAAAUAAGUCAGCGGCCUUACUCGACCAUCUCUGGACAUGCCCCCGGCUCUUGUGACUACCGGAUGAGUCAUAACAAAUAGUGGUGUAUGCAUGUGGUAAAUAGGAGGAGAUGUCACUUACGCAGAUGUGUGAGAGCUUGAGGAGCGGAUUUGCAUAGAUCAGGCUUUGUCUGUACAUGUUGUACUGUUUAUGAAUUUUCUUUAUUUGUGGGGUUUGUUGACAGUUAUCUUGAGACUGUUCACACAGCACAAAUUUCACUGGUACUGCGUGUCUCUGAUCUGAUACCAUAGAGACAAUGUCUAACUCCAACUCUUCUGAUAGUUUCUUGCUUUAAAUUGAUGUAAUAAACCUGCUGUAGCAUACAGAUAAACACAGGCUGCUAACAUGGCUCCACGGCCCAUCAUUUCUUGGUGUGCUGAUGUUGGUCUAAAGUGAAGCGAUUGGCCUGUGUGGAUGUGCGACUUAUAUAUCGGUGCAGCCCUGCCUCACUGAAAGCUUUACUGCAGGAAACACAAAAGACUUGUUUGCUUUUGCAGGUCAUGAAGAGGCACGACCUUUUCAUGACCUGAAUUUUGUAACCGUUUUCUGUUUGUCACAGGAGAAGGAGCAUCCUCGCGUGCUUAUCCCAGAGUUAUGUCGACUCUUCUACCGCCUAGGCUGGGUGACGGGGACAGGCGGAGGGAUCAGCCUCAGACGAGGGUUUGUAUGCUGAUGGAUUUAUAUCAGACCAAAAACGCUCAGUUCCUUACCUUUGGAUACCUGUCCCUGACUGAAAAAUAUGAUUGAAACGUUUUCAUAUAGUUUUCCUGAAGUAUACAUAAUAUUCGAAAACCCUACUACACACUAAACGUUGUGGAGACUGUAGCUAAAAAUGUGCAGCAAGGCUGAUGUGAGGUCACUUUUAUCAGUUUUGACAAUGUGUGCAAAAGAGGGUUAUGACAAAGGCCACAGUUUGUCAGUAAUGAAACAGAAUUCAAAGCGAAGGCUUUGACAGGUUAUUACAAACAUCUUUGAACUUUGUUGUUGUGGAUGGCAGCCUCAGAGAAAACAUCACCCAUUAGCAAAUCCUUGUUUGAAUGGCAGAUGCUUAUUUAAGUAAGCAUUAGGGGGUUGAAGAAAACGAAAAUAAAACAAAAUAAAAUGUACUGCUCUCCACUCUGUGUUAGCUUUAUUCACCAAAUAAACUCUUACUUUCAAUUGAGGGGAGAAUUUUCUGUUGUCUUGUUCAGAUACUUCACUUCUAAAUUCUGAAAACACACAGUUUAGUGCUCAGCUGUUAUAGUCGAGGCAGGCAGAGUGGGAGUUCUCAUAACAGUAUUUUAGUAACUAUUUUACAAUUUUUAAGGCCAAAUGUGAAGGCUUUAUGUACCUUUUAAAUUCUGAACCUAAAGCUAUUUCCCUUUGUUUAGUUAGAAUCAUCAAGUUUAAGGAACUUGUACUAUACUUCUUAUAACUUAAUAAGCUUUGUGGAGUUCCAGUUCGAUUCUUAACACUCCACAAUUCGAGAGAAUAAGUCAUCAAUAGAGGGGGUGGAGCAAGUGUCAAACUGGCUGUAAGUAAUAGGUCUGUUAGUACCUCAAAGUUAUCAGUGCUACCACAGACUGUCCUCAACUGCUGUUCAGAUAGCUGGCAGGGUGGGGUACACUUCUGCAUAUGAACUGCACAUUGCUGAACCCAAUCGGAAGUCUUCCCAAAGGAACACAGUUUAAACAGUUUUCCAUCAAUACACUGGUACAAUUCAUAUUCCAGGUUUUACGGUAGUCUUAAGUCACAUUGAUGGUCCCAAUAUAAUGUAAAUGUACCAGAAAUGGAGCAGAAUUUUAGUUCAGGCAAGCUCAGCCCACAGUGCUUAUUCCCUUAAAUCCCAUAAUACACAGUUUUAGUCUGUUCUCUCCUGCUGCACCCCAGCUCCUCCUUUAAUGACAUGCCUGCUCAUAUCAGUGUCACUGCUCUGUUUUGUACCCCGUCUGUCUUUGCUGAUGCUCUCCCUGCCUUGGCUUUUAAUGUACUAUGCACAUGACAGAGAGGGGAGGGGCAGGGAGCUCUCAGAGCAGAGUCUAAGUGUCAAAUUACCAACUGCAUGCAAAUGACAAACUCUCUGUAAUGAGAGGGGUCCUGGCUGAAUUGUGGCUACUGGUGCAUUAUUUAUAAAAAGUUCUCCUGCUCAGGUGCCUCACAGCUGCUGAACCCUCUUAAAAUUGGGCAUUAACAAAAGAUGGAGAUAUUUAAAUCAUGAGGUGGUCCAAAAAGACAGCAGCUUUGGAUACUUUUCACACAAAAUUCCAACAAGUGUAUAUUUAUUUUCAGUGAGUGCAGGUUUGAAUUUUUACUUCUGAAGGCCUUUUUUUUUCUUUAGCUCUAGUUCGACUCAGGAAUGACUCAGAGCCUGAGGCAGCCUCGCCAAACCUGACACAAAAAAAAAAAUCAAUAAGCUACUCCUUUAAACUCCUUGAUAUGCUUUUUUUCCUGCAAGAUAAAGAAGAAUACAAUGGCUUUAUUCUCUACUUUCUAUUGGGGAACGUUAAGGCUUUCAACAUUUGUGUAACAGUAUGAUCAUUGUGGAGGUUUCAAGGGGUUCGGGGCUAUCUUAUUAAAACUAAAGAGCAGUCCAUCAGGCUUUCUGUUCAUUAGGGGCUGCAGGAAAUACAAUUUUGCACUUUUUUUUUUUUGGUCGCAUGUGUGGGACAUCUUGACUCAUCUGGUAGUUUUUGAAAUACAACAGUGCAUUUCAAAAUGAGAAAACAACCUUAAAAAAGGAUUUUGAGCUGAAAAAAGAAAAAAUAUGACUCAUGCAAUACCUGCAAAAAGUCCAUGCUAAAAAGCUGCCCUUGGGGAUUUAAUCAUGCGUGGAUGGCUGGAGAAGCUAUACUGAGAGUUUUUAAAGUUUCUGUUGGAGGAAUAGAGAUUCAAGUCAUUAAAAUAUGCAGAAAUAUGCUCUGUGAGGCAAAGACAGAAAAGAGUUUUUAGCCUUAUGUGCAGUGCAAGACCCCAACCUGUCCUUCAUAUUAAUAACAUUUUGUGUAACUCACAGAGAGCAAAUCUUCAUCGCACCAUCAGGCGUCCAGAAGGAGAGAAUUCAGGUGAGUCGGUUGUUAAAAUCAGUCCUGAUUGAGCAGCACCUGAGAAAAUAAAAGAAGUGUAUUACAGUGAGUUUAUGUAUGUGCUUCACAGCCAGAAGACAUGUUUGUGUGUGAUGUGGAGGAGAAAGACAUCAGCUGCCCUCCUGCCUGGAAGAAGUUAAAGAAGAGCCAGUGUACACCUCUUUUUAUGAAUGCUUAUACUAUGAGAGGUGAGUCAUUCUUACACAAACCACCAAUUAUCUUUAACUGAGUAAAUGCAUGUUUGUAUCCUGUCAUUUCAACCUGUGUUGUACAACCACACAGUGACAGAAAUGUGAACUGAUGCACUCCAAAUAGCUCAUCGUUCUCCAAAUGCUAAUUUGCACACCUUUUAAUUGAAUUGACGUGGUUUAUGUUAUGAUUAUGAAAGUAAUGCUUUGUUAGGUGAGGUCAAAGGCUGCGUUGUGCCAUCAAAUUAAAGCAAGAUGUGACAAAACAUACAUGCUUUACCAUAAAUCAGGUGUUUUUUCUCUGAAAGUAUAUACAAUUUAAAAAUAACAAAAGGUAUUCUUUCCUGUCACUACUCAAAAUGUAUCACUCUGCUAGCAAAUCUGACAGAAGUCCUGCAUGAUAGACCUGCUUUAAUGCAGCAAAAACCAUAAUCAAGAUAGUUUUUGUUGGUAUGGACAGAAUUAUAAUUAAACAGCAUUACUUGUGGUUUGUGCAACUUCUUUAAAACUUUCAAACUCCUUCAUCUUCAAAAAAAUCAUGGAAGAAAAAAAUAAAUCUGUUUUUCCUCGUUCUUCCCUAAAGUUUGCCUCUCUGUCUAACUGAAUGAUAUACAUCUUAUAAAAAAAUCUGUACAUUACAUUAUAGCACUGAGCCCAGACCAUGCAUGAAUUUUUCACUUCACCAAAGAGCUUUGACCUAAUUUUGAUGAUUUGACGGCUCACUAAAUGAAGUGUCAGAUCCACUUUUAGUCGAGUAUUUUCACACUUUUUUUAAAACUGAAGGAUUGAAGCUCUUCUAUCACAUUCCAGCUAUUUUAUCACAGGCUGCAGGUCUGACAAACUAUUCUGUUAACACCCUCUAUAAUGUCAAGACUUGAGCUUGCAUGUUACACCCUCGCGAUCACUGCAGCCUCUCUGUUGUCGUGUUCAUCCUGUCCCUUGGCUUUUCAUACACAGAUACACACAGAAACCAGCCUCCCUCAGCUCCUCUCCCUGCUUUCCUCUCUCAGUCUGUGGCUGUUUAAUAGUUUAUACCACUGCUGUGCAUCAUGUGGAAGAUACAACGCAAAGUACGAUCCACAACUUCCUGGUGCUCCUUAACUCUGUUGCACAUCGAUCUGAAAUAAUAAAGAAGUUAAAGUGAGAGUUGCUUAAGGGCAGUGUCAGAGAAUAUGUUCUGCUAUGAAAGUAGAGAGAAAAAAUGGGGACAAAACAAUAUUCUGAUUUAUUUUGUUCAAUUAGUUGCCCAGCCCUGCAUAUGUUAAGAAAAACAAAAGGCAUAGAUAAACAAUGUGAUAUCAAUAAGAGAUGUGGUACAUAAACAAAUACAAAAGACUGUGUAUUAGAUUAAAUAACUGAUUUAAGACCAAUACAAAAAGCUUUUUAUCAUGACUAAACGAUCACCGAUUAAUCUGAGGUUAGCAAACAGCCAACUCAGCUGCAUCAAGUAGUGUUAAAGUAUGUCCAUGAUACCCAAACCUUGAUUUAGCAGGUAGAAUUUACAUGCGGUGUGAUCAAACAUAGCUUGUAUGAAUUAGAAAACUUCAUUUAUUUCAGCACAUUUAAAUUGCUGUGAGGUUUUGAUUGCACCUGUUCACUUUGCAAUAUUUGUGAUUUGUCGUGCAGCCCUACCCUCUUCUUCUCCCCGCUAGAGUUUGCACAUUUUGCCACGCUGAUAAUGAAUCAUUUUAGAUUAUGACACAUUUAUAUCUACACAAAUUAGAACAAAUUGAAUAAAUCACUCAAAAUAUUUUGCACCUCAAUGUCUGAUCAUUUGUCUUUUCAUGUUCAAAAUGCUCAGCUCAGAAAGACCAGCGGACCACUCUAAAAACAAAAAACAUCUUUCUCUUUUGCUAAAAUACAGGCGCACAGGCAGUCAUACACACCCACUCCAAGGCUGCUGUCAUGGCAACACUGCUGUAUCCUGGCAAAGAGUUCAGGAUAACACACCAGGAGAUGAUCAAGGGGAUCCGUAAGGGCACCUCAGGCACUAACCAUCGGUAUGUAAUCAGAAAGCAAGGAUUAGUCAAGUCUAAACAGUUGAGAUUCAUUUUCAUCAGUCAGACAUGUGGUGCUUUUUAGACUUUCGAUUAUGGAGGUAUCACGGCAGCCGAAAAACAAAAUAUCACAGCUGCAACCCAGUUCAAAUGGAAAAUAUGGAUCUCUUGUGAUUCAUGACUGAAAGAGUGUUAGUCCUCUCUCUGAGCAGGAACAUUGCACAUGGGACAGGACCCUGCUGAAACAGUCUUUGAACACAUUCUCCUCGGUAAAGGCUCACAGUCCGUGAUUUAUUGACUGUUAAAGAAAGCAGGAUAAAGUUUUAUAUUCAGAAUCACCACUUAAACAUGCACAGGAAAUGAUCAGUAAAGAUAUGAGGCAUUAAUGCUUUAUCCACAGGGGGGUUUGAAAAUGGAAGUAAACCAAAUGUUCCUCUCAGCAGCUGUAACAUGAAUUUUCUUAUCUAAGCUUCAGUGAAAUGACUUUCAGCUAAAGGGCCAAACCCUCAAAGUCUGAACCCUCUCUCUCUCUCUCUCUCUGAGCAUGCUGAAAUAAUGCUCUGGAGGAGCGAGGGAGAAAAGACUGGUCUGAAGAAGAGGUCUGAAUAUGCAAAGCAAACAUCCUCUUAUCUCUUAUCUUGUUGUUAAAAAUGUCUCUUCACUGCUAAUGGUUGAAGAUAGGCGUAAUCACAUUUACUGGUCCAAAUAACAUCACUUUGGUUAGUCAUAUGUUUUGAGCUUUCAGUUUCAGAUUUCCACAACAUAGAUUUAGACAUUUUCAUGGAAUUAUUCUUCAUGGAAAACUCUAGUCAGUCAGUUGUUAGCAGCCAAAAUGUGGAAAUUCAAAGUUACAUUCUUCAUAUCUGGGCUGAUUAAACAUUUUGGAUUCCUGGGAUCAAAGUUAUGUUUCAAUGAGACUGUAGAUAUCUGAAAGGUUUUCACUGAAAGAAUUCAAUUUUAGAUAUCCACACCGUUCUUUUUGGAUUGGAAGAAUGUCAUUGUGGAUUUAUGAAAUGCUUAUUUUUGAAUAGGAAGAUCUAAAUUAAAGAUACCUCUAAUCGACAACAAGAGUAGCUAACACAGGUUACAUGAGCUUGCCUUGGAAAGCCUGGCCUGGUUCUGACAAAGAAAAGAGCUCAUCUUAAGGUUAUGAACAAACUAAUGCCCCAAAACAAAAGUUUAUGAAGUACUCUGACAGACAAAGCAGAGUAAAUACUAAUUAAAACAACAGGGGAGAAAUGAGUGCUAAAUCAUAGCAAAUAAAAGGGCAGGAAGAAUAUCAUUUACGGACAAUGAAGACUUCCAGAGGAGAAAACAAGGGGAAACAAAAGGCAAUGUCACAUAAGAAUAAAAACAGAUAAGAAAAAGAAGAGUGAUGACAUAAAAAUAAACAAAAAAGUAAAUAGAUCAAAUGUAGUUGAUCAAAAAGAGUGAAUGGAUGGGACAGAGUAAGACUUUCAAACAAAUGAUUUAAUUGAAAGUAUUAAUUCAUGAGUUUUUAAAUAACUUAAGUUUAAAUUGAGAAGUGUUUGAAAAAGUAAAAAAAAAUGUAUCCAGUGAUUUCAGUGAUCUCCAUAUUUAUUUUUUCACUGAAGAGUAGUGGGUGAUGGUGGUGUACUGAAGUGUUUUGCUCUAUAUUUUGUCUUCUUUAUUAGCAAACAUGAAAGGAGCAAAACAACAUCAAUACGAUGCUGUCAAGUGCAAUAUCAACACCUGCUACAGCUGCAAUAACUAGUUUUAAGAACAACAAUACUCACCUGUCUGACCAUGUCAGUGAAAACUGACAAGGUAAAAUUAUGGUGCAGCUGAUGUGUUGGGCUGCAUUAGAGUGUUUAUAAUAUUAAAUGUGGUUCCUCUAAAAACACAAAAAAAGGAAAUAAUGAGCCAAAAAAACGCUUGAGGAGAUUAUGUGCAUUUAUAAUCAUGAUAAUGGUAAAAAGAAUAGAGGAGUUUUUGUCAUUGAAAUUUGUGCUUAAUGUCAGAGAGGACACCGUUUGAUUUCUAUGUGUGGUGUUUGUAUUUUUGUUCUGGCUGAUCUACUGAGGACUAUCAAAGAGAUCAUGUUUUUUCUGUAUUAGUUCGUAAGUCAAGGUGGACUUUCUGCAGGUUAGUCCGGCUUCCACUAGAUUUAGUUCAUUUUGUCAUAAAAGCCAGUGUCUCCAACACUGUCUUGAACUCAUCAAACUUUGUAAAACGCAAAGUUUCAGAUCAAGUACGUGAAGUGUUCAGUGCUAUCACAUACUUUUUAAUUCUGACAUUUGAAAAACAUUUUGAUUUAUUUCUGUUACUUAAUAUGUGGUUAUGACCUCUUUGUGCUUCAAUGUGCCCUGUCUUGCCUCCAGUUUCUGUAUUACCCUGAUUCAAAUCACAGGCUGGAACAUGCGAGUCCUUUUCACUGAGCGGCUCUGCACAACAAAGGCUCGGUGCCCCAAUUUUUGUUUGAUGAAAUCACAUAAAAAAAAUAAAAAACCUCUGUGCUGCUUUAUACUUCACUUUUAUGCACAUUGUGAAAUAAUGCUUUUAGUGGUUUUGAAUUGCCUCCUAUUAUUUAAGGGUUCCACUUGACAACUUGGCAUUGAUUGAAACGCCUGUUUGGAAUAACAUUAACAGUUCAAAGAUACAACAGUGUGCUAGUUGCUCAUAAUUGUGGCAGAGGACAAAAAAGGAAGCGCUGCAGAGGGUUUAGAUUGAUCCUGUGGUUAGAGCUGGAGAGAAGCUGUGAAGAGUUUGUUCAAUUACAGCAGUAACGUGAUAAUUUUGUUGGUUUCGAUAAGUAAUUCAACUGGGAAAUGUCAAAAAAAGUAAAAAGUGACACCCUCAGUUUGCUUGUUUUGUUUCUCUUACACUCAGAAACAAAGGUGAUUAAUCCCAGUGGCAUAAGACCAGAAAAACCCCAGCAGAUUUUAACAUUCAAGAUACCAAAAUCAGGAGAGAUUCAAAGGGUAUUAUUUCUUGAUAAAGUAGUGUAAUUUGUCUUUCUUUGAUCUGAUUGCCUGGGAUCAGGUAACUGUAGACUGCAGUGACUUUGAGAGCCUCUCUCUGACAGCAACCUGAUGGCCAAAGUGCAUGCCUUCGAAUAAUAAGCCUGGGUUUAAUUUGAGGGUUUCUUCCCUGCAUUGAUCCAGGUACGACGAGACUCUGGUUGUGCCUAUUGUUGAAAAUACACCUGAGGAGAAGGACCUGAAAGACCGGAUGGCUUUUGCAAUGGAGGAAUACCCAAACACGUGUGCUGUGCUCGUCCGCCGACAUGGUGUCUACGUCUGGGGCGAGUCGUGGGAAAAGGCAAAGACUAUGUAAGUGUUUAAUACUUUUUAAAACUACACCAGUCUCAUUUUAUUUCACACUUACAUAACAAGCAGAAAAACAUAGAUUCACAUUUUUCUUCACAAUUACUGAAGUUGUGUUUUGUCUUAUAGGUGUGAAUGCUACGACUACCUGUUUGACAUUGCUGUUCGUAUGAAGCAGUGCGGACUGGACCCGUCAGCCCUCCCCACGGAAGAAAAGGGAAUAAUAGCCUGACAUUCUCUAUUGCUUUUUGAAAGAGACAUUUGUAGCAGAAAGGUCAGUGGAGUUCAAUCAGGGGAGCUGAUUGUAAUCAUUUUCCCUUUCACGCCAGCCUGCUUCAAAUACGAUGAAAUUUGAUGGUAAGGGCAGAUUCGAGGUUGGAGGAGAUUGAAUGCCUGUGAUCCGGAAGCACCUGGAGGUACGCUGCAAAGCACUGUGGGACAACUCGUGAGUGAGCAGCCAUCAAAUAAAAGGUCUUCAGGUUCAAAUGUGUUCCUAUUCAGGUUUGACUGCACUAGAAUCAAGGUCUCAGCGUAUGUCAGACAUGAACAUACUUUGCAUCUCAAUUGACCUGAAAUGGUGAUGAACUGCCUUUGCUUCAAUCAAUAAAAUGAAUAAAAUGUAGACUGUGGGUUACA